CCUCCGCCUGCUCGGCGCAGCCCCUCUCUGCUGUCUGUGUCGCCACCCCUUGACGCGCCGUCCCCUUCUCCCCGCUCCAGGCCGGUGUGGUGGUGGCCGCGUUCCCGAGCCAGCGGCUGAGGGCAGCGUGCCAGCGGAUCAGCUAAACCCGGGCAUGAUGAGCACCGUGGCGGCCGAGCGCCAGCCGGGGCCGGGACCUGGAGGAGCCGCCGGGGCGCGGUGCCGCGGCUGAGGCCGGCGCGCCGAGCUGUGCCGGAGCCCGCAGCAGAUGCUCCGUGCCCGGCCCGCGGAGCCACCGGGGGCCCUCGCCGCGGCCGGACGAGGCGGAUGGAAAGCUGCAGCCCAGCAGGGAGCCCCGCUGGCCGGCUGACGCCCUCCCGCGCCCUAUGCCCGCGCCCUGUGCCGGAGCGGGCGCCGUCCCCGGCUCAGCCACCCGACGACCAUGAAGUGCUCGUUGCGCUUCUGCUUCCUCUCGACCGCCUUCCUGCUCGUCUUCGUCAUGUCCCUCCUCUUCACCUACUCCCACCACAGCAUCGCCUACCUGGACCCCGGCGGGCUGGGCGGCAUCCACCGGGUGAAGCUGGUGCCCGGCUACGCCGGGAUGCAGCGGCUCAGCAAAGGGGGGCCGUACCCCCGGAGCUGCUCCUGCCGCCGCUGCCCGGCCGAGGAGCCUGGAGCCACCGACUGGUUUGAUGGGCGCUAUGACGGCACCGUGUCCCCAGUGUGGACCAAGGAGAACAUGGACCUACCGCCCGACGUCCAGAGGUGGUGGAUGAUGCUGCAGCCCCAGUUCAAGUCCCACAACACCCACGAGGUCCUGAGCAAGCUCUUCCAGAUCGUGCCGGGCGAGGAUCCGUACCGCUCCCGUGACCCGCGCCGCUGCCGCCGCUGCGCCGUGGUCGGCAACUCCGGCAACCUGCGCGGCUCCGGCUACGGCCCCGAAAUCGACGGGCACGACUUCGUGAUGCGGAUGAACCAGGCCCCCACGGUGGGCUUUGAGGGUGAUGUGGGUGGUCGGACCACACACCACUUCAUGUAUCCCGAGAGUGCCAAGAACCUGCCCGCCAAUGUCAGCUUUGUGCUCGUGCCCUUCAAAACCCUGGACCUGCUCUGGAUCGCCAGUGCCCUCUCCACUGGCCAGAUCAGGUUCACAUACGCACCUGUGAAGCCUUUUCUGCGUGUGGACAAAGAAAAGGUGCAGAUCUACAAUCCUGCCUUCUUCAAGUACAUCCACGACCGCUGGACGGAACACCACGGGCGCUACCCCUCCACUGGCAUGCUGGUGCUCUUCUUUGCCCUCCAUGUCUGCGAUGAGGUGAACGUCUUUGGGUUCGGUGCUGACAGCCGGGGGAACUGGCACCACUACUGGGAGAACAACCGCUACGCCGGGGAGUUCCGGAAGACCGGGGUGCACGACGCUGACUUCGAGGCACACAUCAUCGACAUGCUGGCCAAAACCAGCAAGAUCGAGGUUUACCGGGGAAACUGAGGGCUGAGUCUCUGGCUUGCUGCU